AGGUCCCAACUUUUUACUCUCACUCUCACUUCUUUGUAAAUGUUAAAUGUGGCUUUGGAUUCUUUCAUAGAUUUCAUCAUCUUCUUCUUCAUUUGGUACACCUCUGCCUGCUAAACAACACUAUUCUUUUGGGUGGUACUUUCUACACUUACUCUACAGGGGUGAAGAUUGAGGUCAAACUGUCAACCGGAACAAUGAGGCUUGAAAUGUUGCUUGGAUAUGUUCUUAUGUAUGGCAGUUUGUCCAUGGCAUUAGGUGGGUAUGUGGGAAUCAACAUUGGAACUGAUCUUUCCAACUUACCGUCACCGGAGCAAGUGGUUGCGAUACUUAGAUCCCAUCAAAUAGAACACGUUCGCCUUUUUGAUGCCGAUAAUCACCUGCUUAGCGCUCUUUCGGACACCGGAAUCGAAGUUAUGAUCAGUGUGACGAAUGAGGAGGUUUUAGGAAUUGGGGAAUCGCCGGCAGCCGCGGCUUCUUGGAUCAACAGAAAUGUUGCGGCAUUCGUACCCUCGACAAACAUCACUGCCAUUGCUGUUGGUAGUGAAGUUCUUUCGACAAUCCCACAUGCCGCCCCGGUUUUGGUUCCUGCCAUGAACUAUCUUCACAAAGCCUUAGUUUCUUCGAACCUGAAUUACCAAAUCAAAGUUUCGACCCCGAUGUCAAUGGAUUUGAUCCCUAAGCCGUUCCCGCCAUCUGCCGCCACGUUUAACUCGUCUUGGAACUCGACUAUUGACGAGAUUCUUGACUUUUUAAGAAACACAAAUUCCUUUUUCAUGCUGAAUGCUUAUCCUUACUACGGUUACAUACAAAGCAGCGGUAUUUUCCCGAUUGAAUACGCACUCCUCCAGCAGCUCUCGCCGGUCAAACAGAUUGUUGACCCGAAUACGCUCUUCCAUUAUGACAGUAUGUUUGAUGCUAUGGUGGAUGCGACUUACAACUCUAUAGCAGCUUAUAACUCCUCCGUGAUCCCAAUUGUUGUGACCGAGACUGGUUGGCCAUGGGCGGGUGGCGCUAAUGAACGUGAUGCCACCAUGGAAAAUGCCGAGAAAUUUAACAAUAACUUGAUACGUCGUGUCUUGAAUAACUCCGGCCCACCAAGUCAGCCGACGAUUCCUAUCAACUCGUAUAUUUACGAGCUGUUUAAUGAAGACAAACGACCUGGGCCUGUCUCGGAGAAAAGUUACGGUGUGUAUUUUAGCAAUGGGACCUCGGUUUAUACGUUUAGUUUGGAUGCAUCGGCCCAAACAUCGGCGAAUUCUUCAGGCGGGUUUUGUGUUGCAAGAAAGGGAGCCGACACCAGUAGCUUGCAAGACGGUCUGAACUGGGCGUGCGGCCCAGGCCAAGCCAACUGCAGCGGUAUUCAGUCAGGACAGCCGUGUUAUAUGCCAGAUACCAUUGAAAACCAUGCUUCGUUUGCUUACAACGAUUACUACCAAAGAAUGCGUAGUGUCGGCGGAACCUGCGAUUUUAGCGGUACCGCUAUAACUACGAUGGUCGAUCCCAGUUACGGGUCGUGUGUAUUUACAGGAAGUACGAAUAUGAGCAUUGGUGGAAUGGUUCCAGCUGCAUUUGGACCAGAGGGACCUCCUGGAAGUAUGUCACCGAGUCAACAUCCUCACGUCUGGUGCUUGUUUGUGGCCACGGUUGUAGCGUUGGUCCUGUAGAUUUUUGGCCGUUUUGUAUAGUUGGUAUUCGCUCCUUAGGGUGCGUUUGGUAUGCAGACUACAUGGGAAUAUCGCGACACGAAAUUCGACAGAAAUUGUAGAUUAAAAUUGGUAAAAGGGUUUGGUUUGUUAUUGCCAAAUCUUGGCUUCUUUUCUUCUUGUUGGUUUUGUAAUGUGUUUUAAAGUUUUUGAGGCUGAUUAUUAGGGUUGUCAUUUAUGAGACUGUGGUGCAGAUGUUGGAUCAAAUAGUUACUGGUUCAUUUCAA